GCUCCACGUUGGCACUUGAGGAGCCUCUCGGUGGGGAGGGGGCGGGAGCAGGUGAUAGACCGUGAAGCAGCCGCUGAAGUGGCUGGUAGAAUACGGCUCAUCUCCCCGCCGUUACAACUCCGGGGAAGGGGGCGCCGAAGUGGAAUAGUUAGCGAGAAUUCAAAACUCAAAUCAAACGGGCGCAGUUAGAAUUAUAAAGGUGUAGAGCGCGCGGGUUGUUUGCGGCGGGUGCUGACGUGUUGCAGCGUGAGGCCUAGUCCCGGGCCGGAGCCGCGGCCUCCGCUCGCCAUGGAGACGCUCUAUCACCAGACCAACAAGCAGAUCCAUGAGGUGCAAACCCACAUGGGGCGGCUGGAGAAGGUGGACGCACAGUCUGUUCACUUGGUGGAAAACGAAAUCCAAGCCAGAAUAGAUCAAAUAUUUAGCAGUUUGGAGCGACUAGAAAUAUUGACAAGCAAAGAGCCACCAAACAGACGGCAGAAUGCCAAGCUCCGAGUGGAUCAACUGAAAUAUGACUGCCAGCACUUACAAACGGCUUUGAAAAAUUUCCAGCACCACCGCUAUUCACGUGAACAACUGGAUCGAGAGCGCGAGGAAUUGUUGCAACGCACGUUCACAACCAAUGAUGCUGACACAUCAAUAGCAAUAGACGAGAGCUUGCAGUUUAAAACUUCUUUACACAAUGCACACAAAGGAAUGGAUGAUCUCCUGGGGAGCGGGUCCUCUAUUCUCACUGGACUACGGGAUCAGCGGAUGACUCUCAAGGGAGCACAAAAGAAGAUCCUCGAUGUAGCAAAUAUGUUGGGAAUGUCGAACACCGUGAUGCGUCUGAUUGAGAAACGGGCCUUCCAGGACAAGUUCAUUAUGAUCGGUGGAAUGGUCGUGACCUGCAUCAUCAUGGUCUUGGCGUUCAAGUACUUGACAUGAGCAGAUGCCUUUGUGAUGCAGUCUGCUACAGGAACCAAUCAGUAUUUCCUUGAGAAACUGACCAAGUCUCUGUCUGACUCAUCGCUGUCUGAUCUUGACCCCUCUCUUCAGCCCAUCCAUCUAAAAUAAUUUACAGAAUGCCGAUAAACUUGAUGAACAAUCCAGUGCACGCAAUUAGCUACACAGCUUCCAAUUGUUUCUGAGAGGAAGACUGAUCAAAGACAUGGUGAAGACUAAUAAUUCUGAUUAGAAAUAAUAAAAUAUUGAAUUCCAAUGAACUUUAUUUCCUUGUACCUGGAAGAGAAGAAUGUAUCGGUCUGCACAUUGAUAAAGAUUUUUUUGAGGCAGGCAGCUACCUCUUUGCCCAACCAUCCCCAUAUAAUUGCAACUAGUGGCAGCUUCAAAAGCUGUACUUCUCAAUAGAACCCUUUUGUCCUUGAAUCUGUCAAAGGUAGAAUUCUAUGAAUGCUGUGACACAUGCUUCAGAAGCUGGCCAGGCACUAACUAUGCAAUGCUCUAUUUUCUUGGAGUCCAAAUUCCAAGGUGUAAAAAAGGUUCCUGUUCCAGAGUUCCUUUAGGAUCCAUUCCGAGUCUGACUUGUGCGGUUCAUGUUAUCUCACCUCUCAAUUUUGAAGAAAGCGUGAGAGUUCCCUCCUGCCUUCUUGUGUCAUGCCAUUAUUUAUUUCUCCUUUAACAUUGCUUUGAAUACAAUUGUUAUGUGUGGGACCUCGCUUUAAGCAAUUGGCCAGCAGUGGCAACACAGUGACACCACUGGCAUCAGGCUGUAACUACAACAUGAAUAAUUUUAAACAAUACGAGUUGAGCCUCUGGUCUGGCACCCUUGGGACCUAACUGGUGCCUGACCACAUCAUUUGCUCCCAGAUCAUCUUCCUCCAAGUAGGAGAACUGUUUUUAAGUACAGACCGUCCCUGGGGAGUGGUUCUGUAAACCAAAGUUUCCAUAAAGUGGAAACACUGUCAGCUGAGAUUGCAAAAAUUGCAUUACAAGGUUCAUCUAGCUACAGAUUUAAACAGAUUUUAGUUCACUUUUAGAUUUUCAUUAAUUCAUAGAUAGAAUUAGUUAAUUAGUGCAGAUCUGAACCACAGAAUCGAAACAUGCCAGACCACAGUUGCCGGACCAUUGACCAGAGAGUUUCAACCAUAUCGCAAGAUACUCUAUAACUGUUACAUCCAUCCAUCUGCCAUAGCUCAAAUGGGUUCCUAGCAAUGCUGCUUGGCAUGUGUGCAAGAUAUCCUAAUCCCCACCUAAUAUAGUUCACUCAACAAUUGUUCUCAAAGAAACGUUACAAUGUAUGAAAUGGGACUGUAAAUAUACUUUAAAUUUCUCCUUUAAAGAUUUUUCAUUGUUGCUGUUUGAGCCAGUAUUUAUUAUAAAGCAGCAAAUUGCCUUUUACAGUUUUAAUGGUCUCCAGAUGUCAUCAAUGUGGCUUUGGGAAUGUUAAAAAUGGUGUUGCGUUGUAUAUCUCCACCUACAGCCCACGCGGUUGAUUUGGAUCAAGUAUGUGCUGUGAUUGAAGCCCUGAUUGAAGCAACCAGUUUGCUGACUGUGCAUCAGACUGUGACCACUUCCAACAGGAACAUCUCUUGCUUGGCCUGCAGAGUACUUUGAAAAGUGUCUGUUGUACUGUCAAUUAAAAAGAGCCUAAAUUGCAUCUUUGCUCAUUA